AAUGAAAAUUCCCAGUGGUUGAAAAUUACUAAUCCCAAUAAAAGAAAAUGAGUCAUAAAUAUCGACGACGCUCCAGGAGUAGAGACACGUUGAGAAAAUACUCCAGCACGGAUCGUAGCAUAUCGAGAAGCAGGUCCAACGUCCGAUUACGAAGAAGUAUUUCAAAGGGAAGAAGAAGCUAUUCAAAGGGCCGGAGAUACUUUCCUAGAGACCGACGCAGCAUCUCCAGGAGCGUAAGUAAGAGCAGGGCUAGUAGCAGAGGUGAUCGCAAAAAAUAUCCAACGGAAUACGAGGCAAAAGAUGGCUCAAGCUUUUCACCAGCGAUGGAUAGUCAUAGAGAUGACCACGGCGUUCGCAGACGUGGACAGGCUCGCAAUCUAGUCUGGACGAUGCCAUCUAUAACAAAACAUCCUACUCAUCCUGCCAGCAAUAAGUAUAGCUCUACGCAUAGUGCGCCAAGACCGCGCCACAACGGCUCAAAUCGUUAUAUCCCUUCCUAUGAUAGAAGACUUCCUCUGUCCUCUUACAAAUACGAAUCCGAUGAAUUCAAAUCGAAGAAGGAACAAGAUGCUAAAGCUACACAAGAAAAGGAGAUGGUUUACAGGGAGAAACAAAAAUUGCUUGGAGCACACAGUAUCGAACUCAAUAAACUUGUUGGAGAGCUCUCUGGACUGUCUAAAGACUCUGCAGAAUAUGAACAGAUAAAUGAAAAAAUCAUGACUCUUAAAUCACAAAUGAAGGAACUUAUAACUGAGGACAAAAAGAAGCCAAAACGGACAAAUACACUCAAGCAUGAAAAGAAUAAGAAGAUAGAUAACAGAGAAACUAUGUUGUUUUUCAAAACAUUACCAGAGUGUGCAAGAGGCAAAGGAAAUCUGGCUAAAUGGAUAUCUGAUAAUCCUAAAAUCUUGUUGCCAAAACAAAUCGCAAUGCUAGCUUCCCAUGGUACAUUUACCGAUGGUGCGAUUAUUCAGUACAAAACCCAUAAACUUGCCGAACAGGUCUUAAAUUCCUGCAAAUUGCAUGGGAUAUCAGUGGAGUGGUUACCCCCUCAGGAGAAGGACUCUGCUCAAGCAGAAGAGUUGCCCGCUAAAAAGACGUCUGAGGCCGAUGUGGAUUAUGGAGGACUUGAUGAUUAAUCAUCUACAGAGUAGAGGGUACUAUUUAGUUGCUAUUUUUCAAGCCA